GGCUCGAGCGGGGGCCCCGCCCAGCGGCGCGGGCGUCGCGCGCCCGCGCGGCUGGAGGCAUGGCUGAGCCCCGGCUCGGCGCCGGCGCGCCGUCGACGGCCGCCUCUGGCGCGGACAUCGACGCCCUGUAUCGGCAGGUGGUGGACUGCGAGAGCGACAUGCUGCGGGCCGCGAUCCAGAAGCUGCGUUUGGAGUACGAGGCUGCUUCCUCAGAGCUCGACCUGCGGGAGCAGGAACUGAUCGUAUGGGAGCAGAAGCUCCACCAGACGCAGGAGGAUUGCCUGCGCCUCCAGAAGGAGGCCCAGGCCCAGUACCAGCGCCGGGGCAAGACCAGCAACCCGGCCAGGGCCGCGCGGCGCGCCGAGCCCUCGCUUGGGCAGAUCGCCGAGGGGGACGAGGACGGGUCUCCCGACGAGGAGGGCGGCGAGCAGGCCACCCUCGAGGCCGUGCGGGCGCUCCUGCAGCAGGUCGGCGGAGAGCUGGAGUCCCUGCAGGGGCACUGGCGCGGCCUUGCAGCCGCUGCGCCGCGGGCUCGGCCAGACGCCGGGCCGCGUGCACCAGGGCCCGCGGUUCUGGGCGGCCCGCUGCCGGCCAGGCCCCCCGGCGCCGCUGGCGGCCCAGCGGCCUGUGCGCCGCCCGUGGCGGCGGGCCCGCCGC